AUGCCUCCCAAUAUCAAAGCUGGAGUUUCCAAAACCGAUGAUCAUCAGAUCAUGAUGGUUGACGACAUUGACAACCCCGAUUGGUGGAAAAGCAAGGUUCAUGUUCCUGGUUCCGACUCGGCCAACAGCCGCAUUGAAGCGGCCGAACAAGCUGGUGUUCCCUCUGCCGUGGCAGCCUGGGCCACGGUCGACCCGUCCAAGUUGGGCGAAACCGAACAGCCCUAUGCCGUGAGCAACAUUGUCAAUGGACACUGGGCAACGGCUGCCAGUCGCAUGAGUAUCCCCAAUCCCAUGGACAAGAGCAAGCCCGAUGUCUUUACCAUUCCCGAUACUCACGAAAACGAGUUGCAGCCCUUUUACGACAGCUUGAGAGCUGUCCCCAAGACAGGAGUUCACAAUCCCUUGAAGAACAACCAUCGCUAUGUCGAGUAUGGAGAAAUUACUCGCAAGGCUGGAGCGGCCCUCUCUACCCCCGAGGUGGCUGAGUUUUUCACUCAGUGCAUCAUGAAGUGUGUCCCCAAGAGCCACGCUCAGGCCAUGGGAGAGGUCAAGGUCACUGCUGCCUUUUUGAACAAUUUUGGAGGAGACAAUGUCCGUCGCUUGGCUCAGUCUUUUGGUGUCCCAGGUGACCACUACGGCCAAAUGAGCCACGGAUACCGUUGGCCUUAUGGACCUGUGGCUAUUAUUUGCCCCUUCAAUUUUCCUCUCGAGAUCCCCGUCUUGCAGCUCAUGGGCUCUCUCUUUAUGGGAAACAAGCCCGUCUUGAAGCCUGCUGAACUCUGUGCCAUUGUCAUGGAGCAGUACCUGCGCCUCCUUCACCACUGUGGCAUGGACAUGAAGGAUGUCGACUUUUUGUGUGCCCGUGGUCCCGUCGCCCAGCACAUUAUCAUUGACACCCCCGUUCGCAUGACCCAAUUCACUGGAUCCUCCAAGGUGGCGGAACACUUGGCCCGUGAAACUCAUGGAAAGAUCAUGUUGGAGGAUGCUGGCUUUGACUGGAAAAUUCUGGGUCCUGAUGUGUCCGAUGUCGACUUUGUGGCCUAUCAGUGCGAUCAGGAUGCCUAUGCCACCAUCGGACAAAAGUGCUCGGCCCAGUCCAUCAUGUUUAUGCAUGAAAAUUGGAGGUCGACCGGUUUGCUCGACAAGAUGAAGGCAAACGCAGCGACUCGCAAGUUGGACGAUUUGACUGUCGGUCCAGUCUUGACUGUGACAACUCAGCGCAUCUUGGACCAUACCAAGCGCUUGUUGGAGAUCCCUGGAGCCAAGCUUUUGUUUGGAGGCAAAGAGUUGGCCAACCACAACAUUCCCGAUCGUUAUGGUGCGGUGGAGCCCACGGCAGUCUUUGUCCCUCUGGCGGAGAUGCUCAAGAAGGAACACUUUGAGCAUUGCACCACGGAAGUCUUUGGACCAUUCCAAGUUGUCUCCGAGUUCAACGACGACAGCUUGGAUGGUGUCUUGGAAGCCUUGGAGCGCAUUUCUCAUCACUUGACUGCGGCUGUCGUUUCCGACGAUGUCAAGUUCCAGACCAAGGUCCUGGCUCAUUCAGUCAAUGGAACCACGUACUGUGGACGUCGAGCUCGUACCACGGGUGCACCUCAGAAUCAUUGGUUUGGUCCUUCUGGAGAUCCUCGCGGCUGUGGCAUUGGUACCCCCGAAGCCAUCAAGUUGGUGUGGUCGUGCCACCGUGAAAUCAUCAUGGACAGUGUCCUCCCUGAUGGAUGGACGCAACCCAAGGCUACCUAA